UCCAAGCCCAAAGCCAGUACGUGUUGUAUGCCUCAGAAAGGACAGGUGUAUUCUUGACUCGCAACAUGGUGCACAAAACCUGUGGUUACGGCGAUUGUAGAAGCGAUAGCCGAAAAGAAAAUUUAGACAAUGUGACUUUUAUUUCUUUUCCAAGAGACACUGGCAUAAACCACGAAAAAUGCCUCCGAUGGAUAAAGUUAUCUGGGCGGGUUGAUCUGACACCCGAGCGGGUUAACAGAUACACAUAUGUCUGCUCUAAACAUUUCGUCGGUGGCAAUGGUCCAACUGACGAACAUCCAGACCCAGUUCAGUUUCCAGGCAAAAUAUCAAGAAUACCCAGAGGUAUCCACGGAAACAUGCGGGUAGCACCGCACCAAGUGAUUCAAAAGCCAGCCAAGAAGCAAAAGACAUUCACGGAAACAUCUGCAGCUCAACUAAAACAUGUAGAUGUACAGAGUACAAAUUACAUGUACUUCAGUCAAGUAAAGGAAGAGCCAGGCUACUCAGAUUUUACCAUGGCACAAGUGGGCGGUGAUGCAGCCAGGAAUCAGACUAAGUCAAUCAAGUUCUUGGUGAAAGAAUGGGGGAGUUUUGUGGAGCCUGACUGUGGCCUGACAUCUGGGUAUGUUGACGACAAUCACUCAAAUGAUGUCAUUAAGCAGAUGUUCAACAUGUGGAAGGAACAGAAGAUGUGUGAUGCAGCGUUCAUCGUACAGGGAAUGAAAGUUCCAUUUCAUCGCCCUUAUGAUGUCAGCAUGCAGCUCCCCAUAUGAAGACAGUGUUGGACAGAGAGGACCUGUCAUCCAGCUUAGACAUCCACAUGCCUGACUCAGUCUCCAUAGAAGCAAUGUACUGCUUCCUGCACUACAUCUACACGGCUCCCUCAGCCUCACCAUCAACACUGCACAGGCGGUCCUGAAGAUAGCCACUAUCCUCCAGGUGAUCAAAGUACAGCAACACUGUAAACAGUUCAUAGAGAACAUUGCAGGCAAGCUGGGUCUCAACCCAACCCUCACUCAGUCGGUCAGGUUUACUGUGUCAAGGGAAGAAGAAACCGUUACAGGACGAUCAGGGGAUAGAAGGACCAUUGUCAUUCCUGAUCCUAGUGCUUUUGAACCUGAUGGAGACCUUCCAAGAACCUUUGGUCCCAAAUCUGCAAGAGUCUCUUCAGACACUCAGUGUGAUACUAGAGAUAGGCCUUCUAGUUCAAGCAAUGUUGGAAGUUCCAGCAUGACAGAUUGUGUCAUGAAUACUGCAAAGAGUGACAUGAAAUCUUAUGAUACCAGUUUGUCAACAUGUGUGAACGACAAGGCUUCAUUUCCUGCUAAGAUGAUCUCACAGAGGAACUGCAAUGGUUCUAACUUUGCCAUGUCUAGUGGUUGUCAGUUCAGUAACCUUGAGCAAACAGUCCCAAACCGUCAUUCCUCAGCUGAGUUCUGUCAGCCUGAGAGUAACCAUAGCAACACAGGUAGCUCCAUCUACAAUGGGCAGUGGUCAAGUAAGGUGACCAAUUCUGGGACUCAGGGAAGCUCAUGUGUGGAAGAUGGGGAAGAAAAUAUGGUUAGUUCUGAUACAGAACCGUUUAUAAAGCAGGAGCCAUGUCAAGACAGUGAUUUUGAGCCUUAUGUAUUCUUUGAGGAGCAGCAGCCUUUAUCCUUUCAGAACACACAGACUUAGAAUUACAUGAACUGGAAAUGAUUUGUCUUUGAAAUCAUGUGCACAAACUCAAAGAAUGUUAAAAUAAAUAUUUCUAAUUUU